AUCAUAUUCACAAUAAAAAUAAUAAUUCACUCUAUAAGCAAGAAUGUAAGUUAACAAACCGCUAUGAAAGGCUGCACCGCGACACCUCGCACAAUCAACCCAAUCAGGAGAAAAAACUAUUCAGGCGAGGGGGCUAAUGCCAAACAAAUCUCGACCCCAAAAUUCGCACUUUCCCCCACCCGAGGCCACGCCCCGUGCCUCCGUGCUUCAGUGCUCGCUGCGCCGCGCGCGAAGAUGGACGCUCCCCGUUACGGGAGCGAAGAACGUGACACAAGCAGUCCCGCGUCCCGCGUUAGCACACCAUGUUCCAAUUCCUCUAUAAACGUGACAGAGCCUAUGAGCUUAACGCAACAUCAACAGAACUUAGAGACUUUAAAUAGAAUGGGGAUGUUCUUCCACGCACAGCAAAUGCAGCUCAGUCAGCUGGAUGCGGUGAAGAGCAGGCUGCUGACGCCACCGGGCCCGAGGCACACCAUCGACGCCAUCUUAGGGCUGGGUGGGCGGCCGCUGCAUGAGGAACCUGUGCCGGUGUCUCCAGAUCCUGAUCAGAGUGCCGGUGAAGGAUCUUGCAACAGCAAUGACGGCUUCCACCCCGACAAGUCCCCCGCAGCCUCAGACGACGACCCGGCGGCCGACGGCAAAAAGAAGCACCGACGAAACCGGACGACAUUCACUACAUAUCAGCUCCAUGAGCUAGAACGGGCCUUCGAGAAGAGCCACUACCCGGAUGUCUAUUCGAGGGAAGAGCUCGCGAUGAAAGUCAACUUGCCUGAAGUCAGAGUGCAGGUGUGGUUCCAGAACCGGCGCGCAAAAUGGCGGCGCCAGGAGAAGAUGGAAGCGGCUCGGCUCGGCCUGUCAGAGUAUGGGUGCGGCGGCGGAGUCCCCAGGCUAGGUGGACUAGGACUGCCCGUGGACCCCUGGCUCGCGCCUCCCCUACUCACGGCACUACCAGGUUUCCUGAGCCACCCGCCCUCCGGCUACCCGAGCUACCUGACGCCGCCGGCCCCGGCGCCCGCGCCGCCGCCCGACCCGCGCUCGUCCUCUAUCGCGGCGCUCCGCAUGAAGGCCAAGGAGCACGUGGAAUCCCUCAGCAAAGGCCUGCAGAUGGUCUAAUAUUAUCAGU